GGCAUCAACAUCUGGGAUAAGUUGAUUGAUGGAAACUUUGUCUCCGAUGUUUUCGUCAAAACUGGCACUUCUGGUUUUUCUCCAGACCUUCCACGUUGUAAAAACACUUCAUCUUCCAAUAUCGGUUCCCCCAACAAUGGCAAAAUUAAUAACGAGGGCCUUGAGCUUAUUAAAAGAUUCGAGAAAUUCGAAGAAAAUUUUUACAAUGAUCCUGUGGGUAUCAAAACCAUUGGUUACGGUCAUGCUUGCCAUGUCAACAAUGUUGAUGACAUCAAACCACCCAUAACUAUUGCCCAAGGCGAGGCUUUACUUAGGAAGGAUUUAGUUACGUUCGAAAAGG